UGCUACACACCCGUUGUAAGCUCCAUCAAUCCUCACAAUAAGACGUCAGUUAGCUUCGUUUCGUCACAAACCAGAACCAAUGAAUUGUCAAUGAAUGAAGACACUUCUCUAAACAGGGGCGAAAGUUCCAAACAAUCCAGCAACCAAGCGAAGGACUAUUUUUCCAAGUUUACUUCAAACGAAAUGGAAACGUUUCUCUCUAGUUCCUCAGUUCCUUUAACACAGAGUGACAAAAAUACUCCAGAUGAUAAUGUUGAGAAAGAAGAAACAGAAUCGCCUUCUACUUAUGAUUCUCUUUUACUUCAACAAAAAAGAUUAUUAGAAUUACAAGAGGAACAAAGAAAUCAGCUAGUGAAGCGACAACAGGAACAAUUAUUGCUAUUGCAGCAGCAACAGCGGCAGCAACAACAGCAACAACAACAAAAAAUAAUACUUGAAUUACAACGUACACCAGAGAAUACAUUCCCAGAACAAGACAACGAAGGACAAAUAUUGCCGGAAGGUGGUGUAGUAGCUGAACAUCCUAACUCCUUAUCGCCUCACGAACUAAGCGAGGAAGAUCUCAGUGUGGUGAAUAUGUUGCUCGCAGAGGAUAUAGGAACUGGAUUAUGGACAAAUGAGAUAUUAGAUCAGCCCACAUCAGCCAGUUAGUAAAUCAUUUUACUUUUGUCUACUGACUCUUAGAGCACAGACUUCUGUACUAUAUUUCAGUACACCAUAUGUAAAGUGCUUAUAUAUAAUUAAUAUAUAUCUUCACUUCUUGUCUAUCUGGGUGAAUUGCUGACUGCAUCGCCAUGCAAAUAUAUCCCAGGGGCCGGUUGUAUGAAAGUCGAAUAGCGCUAUCCACCGGAUAGUGAUUUUUUCAACCGUUCUAAAAAUGCUCGAAAAGCGAUAAAAUUUCAUCUCUGGGACAGAGAAUUAUUGAAGAGGAUCCUCGAUUUAGGAACACUACGAUUUAAUCAAGACAAAAUUAUAGCAAACAAUUGCAACAGGCAAUUUUAAAGCGAUUGAAAAAAACACUGUCCGGUGGAUAGUGCUUUACGGCUUUCAUACAACCGGCUCCUGGAUUUUUAUUUUGAUAUUUCUAAAAGCUGGAUAGCACUAUCCGCCAGGAGCUGGUUGUUUAGAAAGUUUGUUAGUUUUUUCACAGUAAAUAGAAUAUAUGUGGCUUGGAGACGAAAUAAAGGUACAAUACAACUCAUUAACUAUGUUAUUGUCCCAGGUUUAUGCAAAAAAAUGGUUUCUUUCUCGUCACGUGUCUAUUGUAUUUUAGCCAAAUUUACCAAUGGCAUUCGUUUUGUUAAGCUCCUCAAUCUUGACUUGAGAAAUAUGUUAAUCAAAAGAUUGCUAUUGGUUUAUCUGUG